AGAACGGUUCAUGAGAACAGCAGAAGUAUGUUCGGGCGAGUGACCGGAGUACGACAAUAGGAAGGUGUCGCUGAGGGGAGUUUAAGUUGUUGCUUUAGCUUAACCCGGUUCUGAAGACGGGGAAAUAGGGGCGAGGUUUGGAGAGAGAAGGGCGAGGAGGAGAUGGGGCGGGCACCGAGGCCAAUCGCGGAGGAUGAUUACGAGACUGAACAGCAAAAGCAAGCUGCUGCUGAUGUUCUUUUCCAUUAUUCACAAUUUGUUAUGGUCUGCAUUGGGGAAGGAGUUCGCCCAAGUGAUUUAAGAUUGCAUUUGAUGAAGGAAAUUUCAGGAAUGCCAACCUCGUUGGAGAAAGAACCUUUAUCAGCAGCAGCUUCUCCUGAUUCCACAGGUGAACCAUCAUCAUCGGGAACAAUGAAAGGAGUCAAAAAUGAACACUCCUAAUAAUCUUGUUAGGAAAAAUAAGGUGUUGGCUCAUAUUCUGGUCGAGCAUAAAAACUCAGCCUGAAUGAGGACACCAUCCUUUUGAUCAUGCGAACCUCAAGGAUGAAGUUAUUUUUUCAGGAGGUAGACAAAAUGUAGCUCUCAUAUGAUGAUGUAAAAAUUUCCUAUUGAAUGUCUUCUUGGGUGUAAGCAUAGUGCAUAUGUAGAUAUAAUUCCGAUAUGUUACCGCUCAGAAUAAGCUGCAGUUUCUGGAAAAUACCUUAUUCUGACUUGCGAAGUCGAUGCAGGAUGUUUUCUUCCUCAGUUUCAAUAUGAUGCUUUAUUGGCUAAUAAGCUGAUUAAGAUGCCCGAUUUGUUG